UUCAAACUGGGCCCGACUCUCGAGGCGAAGCUUCUGAGCUUCACCCGCGACGGAGCCCGCGCGGGAAAGGGCGCCUGGAUGACGAACCAGGAUGAGGAGAAGGACUACUGGGAAAUGCUAGAUGACUGGCGUCGCCUGCAUCAUGCGCGACCCAGGAGGGAGCUCUUCGACCCGACUACCGGCCGGACCUUGCCGGUCGAUCUGAAGAAGCGAGGAGACCACCGGACCGCGCGCUGCAAUUUCAGGGAUCAGCGCGACGCAUGGGUCGAGCACUUCUGCGAGCACGAGUGGAACGACUGCCAGGAGAAUAUUAGCACGCACGACUACUGGAGCGGCCACUUGGACUUCUACCUAGCGAGCGCGACGGGCCAGUCUCAGGACUGCCGCGGGGCGGCGUUGCGCGACGGAGGCAGGGCAG